UAAGCUAUUUGGUCUAUAUUGUUCACUCAACUAUUCCUAGCUUCCCCACAUUCUCUGGUUGAGAUUUUGAUUUUGCAAAAAGACAAAAAAAAAUCUCUCUUUACAUAUAUAAAUUGAGAUUGGUGGACUGAGAAUCCUGCUUUUUCUUGUUUGAAGGUACUAUUCAAGAAGAGGAAGGCAAUCAACUUUUAAGCUUCAAGAAGAAGAGGGGAUAAUUAGUAGAAUGAGAAACAUGGACAAGGAAGAAGAAAGGGAAGACAAUAUGGAAGAAGAAGUGAAGAGAAUUCCUCCAUGGACUAAACAUAUUACAAUUAGAGGAAUUGUAGCAAGUUUACUUAUUGGAAUCAUUUACAGUGUGAUAGUAAUGAAGUUGAAUCUCACUACUGGGCUAGUCCCUAAUCUCAAUGUCUCAGCUGCACUUCUUGCCUAUGUAUUCAUCAAAUCAUGGACUAAGCUUCUUCAAAAGGCCAAUUUUGUUUCAACUCCAUUCACUAGACAGGAAAAUACUAUUAUUCAGACGUGUGCAGUUGCAUGCUAUAGUAUUUCUGUUGGAGGUGGCUUUGGAUCUUAUCUUUUGGGAUUGAACAAGAAAACAUAUGAGCAGUCAGGGGCUGAUACACAAAAAGGUAAUAUACCAGGGAGCUACAAGGAACCUGGUCUUGAUUGGAUGAUUGGUUUCCUAUUUGUUGUUAGCUUUGUUGGGCUGUUAGCUUUAGUUCCACUUAGAAAGAUCAUGAUAAUUGACUAUAAAUUAACUUAUCCCAGUGGAACUGCAACUGCUGUUCUUAUUAAUGGAUUUCAUACACCUAAGGGAGACAAAAUGGCUAAGAAACAAGUCAAUGGGUUCCUGAAAUUCUUCUCGCUUAGUUUCAUAUGGAGUUUCUUUCAGUGGUUCUAUUCCGGUGGAGAUCAAUGUGGAUUUGUAAACUUCCCCACGUUAGGACUAAAAGCUUGGAAACAGUCAUUUUACUUUGAUUUCAGCAUGACUUACGUUGGAGCUGGAAUGAUUUGCUCCCACCUUGUGAACUUGUCUUUGCUUCUUGGAGCUGUUCUUUCUUGGGGAAUCAUGUGGCCUCUAAUUAGUGAUCGCAAAGGAGCUUGGUUCCCUUCAACUUUACCGGAGAGCAGCAUGAGGAGCCUUAAUGGUUACAAGGUUUUUAUCUCCAUUGCUCUUAUCCUGGGAGAUGGCCUGUAUAAUUUUCUCAGAACACUUUUUUUCACUGGUAGAAGCAUAUAUGCAUCACUGAACAAAAAGAACCCCGCAUCAUCUAACAGGAUGAUGGACAAAACUUUUUCUCCAGCAGGUUCAGAUAACAAGAAUCAGCCGCUUGAUGAGCUCCAGAGAAAUGAAGUAUUCAUUAGAGAGAGCAUUCCGUUAUGGGUAGCUUGUGUUGGGUACAUGGUUUUCUCUGUAAUCUCCAUCAUUGUCAUCCCAAUUAUGUUCCCUGCACUGAAGUGGUAUUACGUGCUCGUUGCCUACACUCUUGCACCAUCUUUGAGCUUCUGUAAUGCCUAUGGUGCUGGUCUAACUGACAUGAACAUGGCAUACAAUUACGGGAAAGUGGCUCUCUUUGUGCUUGCUGCAUUAUCUGGUAACGACAAUGGGGUAGUUGCUGGACUUAUCGGAUGUGGACUUAUCAAAUCCAUAGUUUCUAUAUCCUCUGAUCUGAUGCAUGAUUUCAAGACGGGCCACCUCACCCUUACUUCCCCUCGUUCAAUGCUUCUUAGCCAAGCCAUUGGGACCGCCAUUGGUUGUGUGAUAGCACCUCUCACAUUUUUCCUCUUCUAUAAGGCUUUUGAUAUAGGGAACCCCGACGGGGAGUACAAAGCUCCUUAUGCUCUAAUCUAUCGGAACAUGGCGAUCCUAGGUGUUGAAGGUUUCUCUGCUUUGCCCCAACAUUGCUUGCAGCUAUGUUAUGGUUUUUUCGCCUUUGCCAUAGUUGCCAACUUGGUGAGAGACAUAGCCCCAGAAAGAGUCGGGAAAUGGGUUCCUCUCCCAAUGGCUAUGGCUGUUCCUUUCCUCGUUGGCGCCUACUUUGCAAUUGAUAUGUGUGUGGGCAGUUUGGUUGUAUACCUAUUCCACAGGUUCAACAGCAACAAGGCCAGUUUGAUGAUACCUGCAGUUGCUUCAGGAUUGAUUUGUGGGGAUGGAUUAUGGAUUCUUCCUUCAUCAAUACUCGCUUUAGCCAAGGUUAAGCCUCCUAUUUGCAUGAAUUUUUUGGCCUCGUGAAACUUUUCUGAUGCCUGAAACAAAGAUGCUGAAGAGGGUCGAUUUCUGAGAAAGUCUGAGAUAAUAACUAUUUUAGUUGAAUGACUAUCUAAGAAAUCAACUCAUGUUGAAGAGUAAUACAAGGUGAUAGUUAAGCGGUCUACUUCUAGAGUGUGACUAAAACAAGAGUUUUGUCACAAUUGGGAAGAAUGAUUAGCUUGGUAUAGAAAGAAAAAUGGAAUAAAUACAUUCAGAUUAAAAUGUAAUUUUAGGACUGUAUUCUUAAAUAUAUGCAGCUAUAGUGUAUGAUAUGCAUUCAGUAUUAUAAGGAUAUGCUUUGGUGA